AAGUGCAGAGGGGGCGGGAUCUAUCUGCGCCUGCGCGCUGCGACUUGCACGCCUGCGCAGUGAGGCCGGGUCGGCGAGGGUCACCGUGACCUGCGGAUAAGCUGCACGAUGUUGACCCGGUUCUUGGGGCCGCGCUACACCCAGCUGGCUAAGAACUGGGUCCCCACGGCAGGCAUGUGGGGGGCCGUGGGCGCCGUGGGGCUUGUGUGGGCCACUGAUUGGCGCCUUAUUCUCGACUGGGUCCCCUACAUUAACGGCAAAUUCAAGAAAGACAGUUAAGGCAUUUUACACAUCUCUGUUCUGGUGCUGCAACCGGCCGAUGACCCCCAUCACCACCUCAUCAUGCUGCUGGCAGAAGGGACCCACAUGGGGUGCUGCCUUCUUGGCUGGGCUGAAAAUGGCUGUGUGAACAGACACCCUAUUAAAUCUUCCUCUGAAA